AUGACUCCGCUGUUCAACUUACCAGUCGAGAUAUCAGAUCUAGUUGCUGGUCUUCUCGGCUGCGAGAGCCUUGCUCGCCUACGACUCGUUUGCAAGAAAGCACACCACAUUGCAACUCCCACUUUCGGCCGCAGACACUUGCAGACGCUGCGCCCCUUAUUCACUCACGAGUGUCUCGAAGCCUUGGUCGAACUCUCUGAGAACAGUCUGCUACGCAGAUAUGUCAAAAGCAUCUUGUUCGCAUCCUACGCUCUCAACUCAGACAUCAGUACUGUGCAGAUUGUUCUCUCUCGACACGAUCCAGGAACCAGAAAACGGCUUCUCUGGCGGUACAAAGACUGUCGCGAGAGACAACAGAAUCUCGUCGAAUCUGGCAAGCAUGUUGAAUUGAUUGCACAGGCCCUAAACAACUUCAAUGACGCUGGAGUGCUGCCGACCCUAGGGAUCUUUGAGAUUGCACUCAAUGAUUCCAAGAAGAUCCCCAUCUAUAAAGGCUGGGGAGCAGACUUCUUCUAUGAUGAUCUCCUCGAAGCCAGUGUCUGGACCAAAAACAGUGGGAACGUCCUGGAUGCUGUCAUCAAAGCCGCCAAAAUCUGUGACUUUCCUUUGGAGUCAGUCGCGAUAGAUGCAUGUGCAUGUAUGACAAUGCCAAUGGGCAUAAGAGCACCGCUGGACAACCGUCAGAUCAACCGAGAACUCGCAAACAUAAUCCGCGCUCUCGGUGCCGAUUUCGGCAUGCCAAACACUGAUGUCUUUGGUGACCCUGUUGCGGGUGAUGCCGACCCAUCAGUCGAUGAACUGCUCACCAAGGUGCUUGUCAAUGCUAGUCGUCAUAAUUCAAAGCUGGUCAUUCACGUCAAAACCACACCCGUAGAUGACGACCACAUGACUUCUGAUAUCUGCAUUGAUUGGCAAAAUCGUCGUUUUACUUUCGAAAGCCUGCAACGCUAUGAAGAGACCACAUUUGGUCGUUUCCGGGGCAUGGCUGAUAUGGGCAGACUGGCAAUCCACCUUGGUACUAAUAAGUUCCGCGAGAUUGAUAUAUCUCAAUGUCGUGUCGAAGCAUAUGUUUUGUUGCGUUUCCUCGAGGCUCACGCCGGAACCCUUCAGCGGCUAAGACUGACUCGAAUUGUCUUUCAUGGUGCGAAUAUGCGUAAGAGAACUCAUACGGCAGUAGGUUCAUCAGGCUUCAUCAAGACAUUGAGGGUCAAUUUCAGGAAUUUGGAGUAUCUUGAGCUCGAGCCCCUUUGCGGCUAUGAUGCGGGUUGGCCGUCGAUGUUUCCACUGUUCCCUACAAUUUUAAAGUUGGAUGGGAUGCAGGAUAUUGGAUCUCAGCUCAAUCUCUGCUUGCGGGGGCUAGGAGUGGGAGGGAUCUAUCGAGGUUAA